AUGAGCCGCCCUCCCACCAGCGGGCAGCUAGCCGCCAGCGAUAUCACACCCCAAAACCAUGACAGGAUAGAUCCGGCCCUGCCGCCUGUGCCCCCGAUCACGCCCACGCAAACCAUGAUCUCUGCCAUGACAGGCAGUCUGCUCACCUCAUUGCUCGUGACGCCGCUCGAUGUCGUCCGAGUCCGCCUCCAGUCACAAAAGCCGCCCGUCUCCGCCAUCGACUUUUCCAAACUCGCCCUCACGCCGCACAACCUUACCCCGAUCCAAACCGCCAACUUAGGAGUCACAGCAUGCUGCCGCGAAGUCUUCUUUGCCGGAAACAACGCUGAGUUCUGCUUGGCCGCGCCGCAAAUCGAAGGAAUCAUGGCUGGGGUGGCCGGUGCUCGCGCUCACGACUGUGCUGUCCAAGAAGUUGAGAAGAAGACGUACAAAUCCACUAUAGAUGGACUGCGCAAGAUUGCCCGUAACGAGGGCGUUACCACCCUGUGGCGUGGGCUGUCCCCGACUCUGGUCAUGACGAUUCCCGCCAACAUCAUCUAUUUUACUGGCUAUGACAAUCUUCGAUACCACCCGAAAAGCCCCCUGUCGAACCUCUCCUCCGAUUAUGCACCGCUUGCCGCCGGCUCCAUUGCACGAGUGAUUGCUGUCGCCGCGGUUGGUCCGAUCGAGCUCUUUCGCACGCGCAUCCAGGCCUCAGGAUCUGCCUCUGGUCACUUCAUGGAGACCCUUAGCGGUAUCAAAGCCAUGGUCGCUGCCGAAGGUUACGCUUCACUCUGGCGAGGCUUCAACUUGACGCUUUGGAGAGACGUACCAUUCUCCAGUCUAUACUGGUGGGGAUAUGAGACGCUGCGGACCAAAUUCACCGACAUGCGCGAAGAGCGACGUGGGCGCUCCCUAUCACGCGACGAGGACCUCUUGACGGCCCGACGUCGGUCGCGCAGCAACGAGAAACAAGCCGAGACCUUUUUGGACAGCUUCUCGGCCGGUGCCCUGUCCGGCGCCUUUGCCUCUAUUGUCACCAUGCCUUUUGAUGUUGGCAAGACGCGAACGCAAAUCUACAGUGAUGGCACUCCGCGACGAACCGUCGGCACAGCAGCAGGAGCCGCGCCGGAAGAGCAGAAUAUGAUCCGACUCUUGUGGCACAUCUUUAAGACUGAAGGCGCCGCCGGACUAUGGCGCGGCUGGAUUCCACGAACUCUCAAGGUUGCACCGGCCUGCGCCAUCAUGAUUAGCAGCUACGAAGUCGGAAAGCGAGCGUUCCGAUCAAUCAACGAGCAUACGGCGCAUAAGAGGCAACUCGAAUCGGAUAGAUAG